AAAUUGGUGGUUCAACGGCCUGGACUCCAAGUUCCCAACAACUCAUUUUCCCAUUAACCCUUGCGAGAUUUACGUCGUUGUGCGUCAACUCCCCAGUCCCCCCACCAUCACCGUUCUACAGAGGAAGAAAGGGGGAGACGGGCAACCUAUACAGAACGCUUUCACACAAAUAUGAGCGGCAGCGGGCGGCCCAGGGCCAGCUCUUUCGCUGAGCCUCCCGGAGCUCCCGGAUCCGCUGCAGCCGGUGCCGGAUCAGCAGUAGCUGGUGGAAGCUCGACAGGAAAAACUGGGGCUUCACAAGCCAGUGGAAGCAGCUCGACGAGCUUUGGGAAUUUAAAACUGCCGCGAGACAGUGGCAAAGUGACGACGGUGGUAGCCACACCUGGCCAGGGCCCCGAUCGCCCACAGGAGGUGUCCUACACAGACAUAAAGGUCAUAGGAAAUGGCUCCUUUGGAGUGGUCUACCAGGCUCGCCUCAUCGACAGCCAGGAGAUGGUGGCAAUUAAGAAAGUUCUCCAAGACAAGAGGUUUAAGAAUAGGGAGCUGCAAAUUAUGAGGAAACUGGACCACUGCAACAUUGUGAGGCUACGUUACUUCUUCUACUCCAGUGGAGAGAAGAAAGAUGAGGUGUAUUUGAAUCUGGUGCUGGACUACGUCCCUGAGACAGUGUACAGGGUGGCUCGGCACUUCAACAAGGCCAAGACCACCAUCCCCAUCAUCUAUGUUAAGGUGUACAUGUACCAGCUGUUCCGCAGUCUGGCUUAUAUCCAUUCCCAGGGCGUGUGUCACAGAGACAUCAAGCCCCAGAACCUUCUGGUGGACCCAGAGACGGCCAUCCUUAAACUCUGUGACUUUGGCAGUGCGAAGCAGCUAGUUCGGGGGGAGCCGAAUGUGUCCUAUAUCUGCUCACGGUACUAUCGUGCCCCAGAGCUCAUCUUUGGUGCCACCGACUACACGUCCAACAUUGACAUCUGGUCGGCCGGCUGUGUGCUGGCUGAGUUGCUGCUGGGCCAGCCCAUUUUCCCUGGGGACAGUGGUGUGGACCAGCUAGUAGAGAUCAUCAAGGUUCUGGGGACGCCAACAAGGGAGCAGAUCCGGGAGAUGAACCCUAACUACACAGAGUUCAAAUUCCCACAGAUCAAAGCACACCCUUGGACAAAGGUGUUUAAGCCUCGCACCCCGCCAGAGGCCAUCGCCCUCUGCUCUCGACUGCUGGAAUACACGCCGGUGACCAGGCUGUCUCCCCUGGAGGCAUGCGCGCACGCCUUCUUCGAUGAGCUGCGCCAACCCAACACUCGCCUGCCCAGUGGACGAGAACUGCCGCUCCUCUUCAACUUCAGUCCUGUUGAGCUGUCUAUCCAGCCCCAGCUAAACUCCACACUCAUUCCUCCUCACGCUCGUGCACAGACAUCGCCUGCCUCACAUGAGGGCAGCGUGUCAGACAGUUCCGCCCAGCCCAGCUCAGCACCUGGAUCCAUCAACAACAGCACCUGAGCAUCCAUCCCUCUGUCAUCCUUUCUUUUUGUCAUCCCCCUUUUCCUUUUCUCUCCUCUGCUCUUCUCCCUCUCAACCUUCCUCCUGGCUCCAAACAACAACAUCUAAGAUAGAAAGAAAUAAGUAUACACACCCACAUAAACACUCAGCGUUGCUGUUUUCCCUGAAUUUUUACCAUUUCCAAUAGAAAACAAUUUCUGUGGCUGCUAUCUUGAGGAAGUUGUUGUUUUAAGGACAUUUUGGUCGCCAUGCUUGGGCUUAAUAUAAGCUGCAGUUCUGAGCUCAGGCUGGCCCUUAUUUGUCCUGUUAGAGUAAAGAAACUUGUUAGGAUGUUUGGGAGAUGAGAUGGAGGGGUUGUACUUGUCAUAUGGAUUUUCCCUAUCACAAUCUGCUGUUGACUUUUAUCCCUUUUAUGUUCAUUUUAUUUGCAUUAGCUAAUUUUACAUGUGUCUGUGGUGCCGUCGAGUGGGGCCCUGAUUGGUUAUGGAGCUGAGAAUGAAAGGCCAGGCUAAUAUUGACAAUCAUUCUUAGUAGGGUCAAAAAUGGCACACCUGUACUGUACAUAGUUUUUGGUUGUACAAGCCACAGUGUAGACGAGAGGCUUUCCUGUCACUUUCUACUCUGAGCUCUACUCAAGUAUUGUCAGUUAACUCAGCCCAGUGGUGAACAACGGUGAAGAAUUUUAAAAAAUCUCCCAGUUUGAUACCAGACGGAACAUAUUGGCUGAUUUUGUACAUGUCAUUUUAGAUAACAGGUGGUUUUAAAUUUUAUUACGAAGGGGGUCACCACAGCCUGUCUUUAGAGUUUCUUUUUGACUAUUUGCUCCUCAACUGCCUUUUAUGUGAAUGAGAGGGAGCUUCUAUAGAAGAGCAGAGUGCACAUCUUCAGUGUAAGUAUAAGCUCGUGUUUUCUUUGGUUAAGCUGGAAACCAAGCGUUUCAUGUUUAUUCUCAAGUGAGUAUAGCACAUCUUCAAAGGGAGUAGAGGUGAAGAAACGGGGCCAGUUAUGUGUACUGUCCAGCUGUUACCUUUACACAGAGGGAGCCACUGGGGAGGGGCUCCAGUUGCAUCUCAUACAGAAGCCUUGACACCUCUCGUGUCAUAUACACAGUUGUCCAGCACUCUAGCUUGGCUAGUCGCCUCAUUAAUUAUGUCAAUUUACAGUGGUUGAGUUUCAUAUCAUUUUGAUUAUGUCGAAGAAUGCAGAGCCCGGAGAGAGACCACUGGCUGCUCUCACUGCUCACCUGACUUGUGUUGUCAUUUCAGCUAGUAUUCACAGUCAUUGUUUGUGCAGGGGGAGGACUCUGAAUGGAUUUAGUUAGAUUUGCCGAAACCCUCUUGGCCCCUUCCCAAACAGCCUGCCUGUGACGCUCAUAUCAUGUUUUUCUUGUCCUGUGAUGGUGACAGGAACUGAUCUGCAGCCUAAUAGUCCACUGUCGGCAUGGACUUGUUUCCUCUCUUCCACCACGCAAAUGUGCAUGUUCAGCCCAAGUUAACCACACUAUAUUACUUCCACUAAUCUCAGUAAUAAUCUGACCAGGAAACCCCUGAAACCCAACAGCUUUUGGAGCCUGCCCUUCCGUUCCUUUUUGUCCUCAUCCCUCUGCUUCCCUCUGUCCUCCUCCUUUUUUUUCACUGCUAAACUGUAAAUAUCAAGUACCUUUUAUUUUAUUUUGUUAUUUUUUUGUUAUUAUUGUUAUUAUAUUGUUGUUCUUGUAAUUUUUUUUUUCUCUAGUAGACCGGCGCAGCAGCAGCCGGGCUGUUUAUCCUCAGUCACAGUCUGUAAAUACAAUUUCAUUUCAGUCCCUGGUUCAGGAGGGGAAAACAGAACAAAAAGUUUCAUUUUUAUUCUCUCUCCCUCCAUUUCUCUCUUUAUGGCUUUCCCUUUUCCAUUAUAUAUGUUGUCAUAACUGUUUUAUUUAUUGUAUUGUGUUUUUUUGGGAGGGUGGGGGAUCUUUUCCGCUGGGGUGGUAAAAUUGAGGGAUUAGGGUUUUUUUGUUUUGUUUUGUUUUGUUUCGUUUUUAAAUUCCAAAUUUUAGUCCAGCAAGGUCACAUGCAAAAUGAUUUCACAUCCAAGAUACUGUACUUAAAUGCAGAUGUUUGUGUGUGUUCUCAAGUCAGUGGUCAUGUAUGUAUGCAGGUGCACAUGCUAGUCAACAAGUGGAACUCCAGUUUUCCACUUAACUUCAAUGUGAAGGGAAUGUGACAAGCCUCUGGAUCUGUGGGGUGAUGGUGUUUGGAGGGAGCACGGACCGCUGUGUGUGUGUGUGUGUGUGUGUGUGAGAGUGAAUGCAUGUGUGUGUCUGGAGGAAAGGGGAAACAUAGAAUCAGUCCAUUGACACGUAUCAUCUCCUGUGUCCGACCGUCUCCUGUUUGCGGUUACUGCAUGUCGUAUGAGUGUAACAGGUUCGACCUGUUAGUUCAGUGUGUCUGCUUCACAGAUACUUUGGAGAGUUUCUUGAGCACAGCUGCUGGGAGUGUAUGUGUGUCUGUUUGUGUGCUGGCAGACCAUGAACUUUGUUCUCUGUACUCCUGACUCUUUCCUAAAAGAAGAGCUGACAAAAUGUGCUGUUUUUAAUGUCGUUUUUUUUUUUCUAUCUUCUGAUCUGUCACACUUUGUUUUUAAUUUGCUGUGAUCCUGCUAUUUUAUCACCCUUCUCUGAGGGUAAAACGUCAUUAUUGGGAACAGAACGGUUGGAUAAAGGAGAUGAUGAGGAGAGAGGCAUGUAGGGAGAGAGACAGUUUUUGUUUGUUGGUAUAAAUAAUUAAACUCAUUAAUAAAGUGAUGAAACUGU